GUGAUCCGGCCGACGGCUCGCCUCCGGGUCCGCCACAGGAAAGCCCCUCUCCUUUCCGGCUUGGAGACCUCUUCCGCUUCCGCCGCCCCGGCCUCUCGUCUCCGGCCGCCCUUCCCGUGUUCCCCUCCUCUCCUCCGCCCCCUGGCUCACCAGAGUUCCCCGAUUCGACGCGACCUCUAUUGGCUUGGCUCAGCUCCGCCCGCCUCGGCCUGGCGGCUUGGAUCUCGGCGGCGCUCAAUCCGUCUGCACUAGCUACUGAGCCAUGGCGGCCGCGGACUCCGACCCCGCCAUCACCUCCUCCACCUGCGCGCACUGUCAGCGGGAAAUUCCAUCUUCAAACAUCGCAUUGCACAGCGCGCACUGUGCUCGGAAUCUUCAGAAGUGCGAGCAUUGCGGAGAUAUGGUUCCAAGGAAGCUCAUGGAUGAACACUACGAUGAGAGCCAUGCUCCAAUGAAUUGCUCCCUGUGCAAAUGCACAAUAGAACGUGAGCUAUGGGAUCUUCAUACAAGCAUACAAUGCCCGCAAAGGAUGCUCGCAUGCCAAUAUUGUGAGUUUGAACUACCUGCAGUUGAUCUUCUUGAGCAUCAGGAUGUAUGUGGGAAUCGAACAGAAUAUUGUCAACCUUGCGGGAAGUACAUCAGACUUCGUGAAUGGAUUGGACAUGAACUCCAGUUCCAUACGAGCUCAAAUACUGCUGCAGAAUUUUCAAGUGAUGGAGCCCCAGAAGCAGCAGAGCAGCCAGUACCAAAGCCAGUGCGACCGGCUGCUCAUGGUUCACAACGCAAACAUCUACUCUUGACAAUUGCAAUAGCUGGAUUGGCAGUUUUGAUUGGAUCAAUACUGUACCAAAGGAAGGGACAGUAGUGCUAAGGAGGUACAGUCAUUUGAGGUACCUUGAUGUAUAAAUGCCCACUUAACCAAUAAUAAGAUUUAGACCCCAGCUGAGGGGAACGAAAAAGGAAAGAAGACAAAAAAAAAAAAGAGUACAUUGGAACUUAGUUGUGAAUGGACCAGAUCAGACUAUGUUUUGUGCUCAUUGUUCUUGUAGAUGGGAUUUUUUCCAUGAAACUUUUAUGGCGUUUGGUAAUCUACAAAAAGCUAUGGUCUAAAUUACAACCACAAAAGUUUAACUGAAAUAUCUUGCAUAGACUUGUGGCAACAGAAAAAAGAAAAGUUGCAACAAGCAAUCAGUCAAAGUAGCUGUAUGCCACCAAAAUGCUUGUUUCUGUAUUUCAAUCAUUCACGGAGAUUGAAAUAAUAUUCUGUUCACAUUGAACCGCGCAAUAAAUAGGUUAGUGGGCAGCUAGCUACUACGAUCACAAAAACAUCUACUAUGUUGUCCUGAUCACAUUUACAAAAUUGCCUGUAGCUAUCCAGUCCUGCUUGCUUCUUUUUUUUUUUUUUUUGCUUUCUUCAAGUUGCUUGCAGUGAAUAACCUGUAGUUGGAUGGUUCCAUAUCACUAAUCUUCCCAAACUGCUUGUCGUAGAAGCUCCAUAACUCAAACCUGUUUCAGACCAAAAAUAAGCAAUGGCGGUGACAGAUGCACCUCAGAAACAUAUUAUAGCCUAAAACAUACACUAUCGAGCAUCGGAAAAGGAUAUACCAGUAUGCCAAGAACUGGAAUGGUGAAUACUUGCCAUAGAUUUUAUCUAAUUCCUUAUGAACAGAACUGACAGUACUUGGUCUUUUAUGAAUCUGCAACAAAUUACAGACAUAGUACAGGUCAAUAUUGAAUAAAUUGGCUAUGAAAUCUCAAAAUGCAAAGGUUCCAGGCUGGCGAAAUACCUGUUUCAAAUGCCUAAUUGUCUCUGUAUCAGCUGGGAUCGUGUGGUUAAAGCCCAUACACAUGAGCACAUUGGCACGGGUAAAAGGGCCAAAUCCAGAGAUCGCAGAUAACUCAAUAUUCAGUCUCUCAUAGGUGGAUUCGAUAGUAGAUAACUCUUCUGCAGCAGGUACAGAUAUUUUACACGUCUCUUCAAGUUUUUGUAGGCUUACCUUCCCUUCUACAAUGCCCCGUGCAAGCAUUACAAUUCUCUUUGCUCGAUAUCCAAGACUGCAGCGCUUGGCUAAAAGGUCCUCGUCAAGAUUUGCCAAUUCUUCUGGUGUAGGGAAAUCACCAAUGCAGUCUUCCAGGCCAGGAACAUUGUUCAAACUAAGCUCAGAAGUAUUGAAGGACGGCAAGGAAUCACAUUUACUGCCUGUUCCACUUGCAGCUGAGUGUAAACUAGACAAAUCUUCAUUUGUUUCUGAUUGUGUUGAAUCAUUGCUAGUGCCACUUGGCAGUGUUAAACCCUCCAACUUAUCCUCUGCAAAUCUUGUUUCUAGCUUAACACGAACACACUGCCUCUUCCUGUGCUUCCUUUCAGGUUCCCUAAUGGGCGGUGUCCUUGACUGAAAAUCUUCAAUACUGGAUGAACGUCGCAGCUCCAACUGAAGCUCACACAGUGCAGUAGCCAUUGACAAUGUUCUUGCCCAUCUGCAGUAGGACAGCACAGUUGUAUAAGCUAUCUUGCAAAUGGAAUUAAAAUUACUAGAUGAAAUUUGCACUUCUACCGCACAUGAUUUCAUCAUUGUAUUUGACUUUGCCCAGAUAAUUCAGUAAAAACUAACCGUCGACAAUGUGUCGCCGCGGAAGGCAA